AAUCCAGAUUUUAAAAUGGCAGGUAACGAUGAAGACAUUCACCACUUUUACGAGACGAACGAACGCGGCGAGCGUGUCAUGGUGCGCUCGACGGCUUCCGAGCAAGCUAUUUACAUACGUUUCGUAAAUAGCGUGUCGCGCCCGGUAGACAUCUGGUGGAUCGAUUUCCAAGGCCUCCGUCGUCAUUAUGUGCGGAUGCAGCCACGCACAUAUUUCAACGUGGACACCUACGUCACUCAUCCCUGGGAGUUCACCGAUCCGACGACUAACGAGAACUACGUAAUCCACAACAAGAGGUUCUUCAGAGCUCCCAGCUGCCUGGCGGGGGUGCAGCACCGGACCAACUGGUUUGUUUGCGUCCAGGUAAGGUCCCUACGGAAAACUGCUCUAUUGUUUUUGGCUCAGCACUUAAAAUGUCCUACGCGGGUGCCCGCCCUUGGCUUGCCCCGCGAGCUGUCCCGAGACUUAGAGGGCCUCAUCUUAGCUAUUCAGAACACACCGCCUCCGCCGCAGCGCUCCUGAUAUAUGGUUUUGGAUACAAAUGGGCGGACGGCAGUACUUAUUAGUUUUAUAUCUGUGGCGGGGGCCUUUCUGGUUUGUUUAGUCAGUAAGAUAUGGUUUGAAUUAUGUGCUUAAGAUCAUUUUGUGGAUUGAGUUCAUUUCUGAUAGUAGCCUAUCCAAAAGCGAAACUAAGUAACUGAUAUUAUAAAUAUCUUUCUGUUCCUAUCUUACUACUAUUAACAUUAUAAAUUACAUUAAGUGCUGCCUUUUUAAUUCGUGAUUUAAACCAAAAAUCAAUAAGUUUAAGUCCUUUCUUUAAACAACAUUUAAUUAGUGUACAUAUUUUUUAUCGAAGUCCCUUAAAUUGUAUAAAUUAAGGGCGAACUAUAAUUUUAGCGUAAUCUUAAGACACUUAUGUCUUGACUUGUUGCAAUAUGCUCAAUGUUAUCUAGCGGAUUAUCUUCUGUGGUUAAUUUGUAAUUUAAUGUUUUUUUUAAUUUUAUUUAUUACUUCCCCAUUUGCAGUAAGACCACAGGUAAGACAUAUUUUAUUUCUAAUUAAUUGUUAAGUUAAUAAAUUAAUGAUUUAAUUUCAAAUGUGAUAAUGGCAAGAUGGCUUGUUAAUGCAUAGAAUGAUUAAUAACAGCUAAAAUAAAAUUGUAAUUAUUACAAAAACAUUUCUAAAAUGUACGUAAAACCAAAGGUUUUGCUUUUACCUAUUUUGCUUCUCAAUCUUAGGGGAUUAAAAGGGUACCUUCGAAUAAGUCCAAAUUAUGAUGGAAAAACAAUUGUUUUCCAAUUUUGAAGCAAAGCAGAACCAAUUUAUGGUAGGUACCUAAUCGAAAAAAUUAUCAAAGAUAAGAAUUUAAUGACAAGCUUUAAGGGAGUAAACGCCUAAAAAUGGGGCACUCCUAAAAACGAGCUUGGGAAUGGAUAAUAUUUGGAAUUGUUUCGUAUGUAAGGGGUAACAUCUGAGACUGAAUUGCUAAGGAUAUUUAGAUAAUCAUCGUUUUGAGCGAUACGUUACAAAAUU